AACUUUUAUUUUUUCAAUCUUGGCGAAUUGAAACCAAAACCGAACCGAAUUUAUUAUUCCUCGGAGAACUGAACCUUCGGUUCCCAUUUUUUUUUUUUAGGUUUUUAAUCGAACAUUGGAAUUAUGGCGUCGAGACGAGUGGGGACUUGAGAGUGGCCGAGUGGGGAGGGAGGCAGAGCCGUAGCGGGAGCAGCACAGAGGCAAAGCUACAGAGGGUCGAAAACUGGAGAGUGGCCGAGUGGGGAUGGAGGCAGAGUUGCAGCGGCGGUAGCACAGAGCAAUUUUUGUACACUCCGGUAGCCCCUUCUUUAUCGUGAGACACUGUCCUGGUCGGUUCUCCCGCAGCUCUCCAAGGCGUAAGCUUCUCCGGUUCUCCAUAGCCUAAAUUUCAGAAUGAGCAAGAAUCGGCUGGGUAAUUGUUUAUUUUCUCUUGGAGGUCGCUGUCAAAUUGCUUUGGACUGCAGACCCUAACCCCAGCUUCCAUGUUCCCGUUUGGAUUUUCCUAUGAAGGAUAGAGAAGCCUCUUUUAAGGAAUGAUUUUCUGCUGGAGUUCUAAAAAUGGCUAUAUGUGAAAUGAGCUAGGGGUUUUAUAACCUUCAAUUAUGACUUCAAUUAUGAAGUAGCAAUUGAGAUGUAAGAGAGAGAAGGGGUUCGAGUGAGCGUCGCGGGUAUAAGUUUGGGAGCCCUGCAAGCGUAAUUCAGGGAAUUAGGUUCUUCUGGAGACCGGGUUUGAAGGCUUAGGCUGGGACUGUUUGUGAUAGUGUCCUUUUGGGGGAUUAUGGCGGCAGAGCAGGAAAGCUCCAUCUCACCCUCAGUUGAAGAGGCUUCUGCAGCAGUUACUGAUGAUCAGGCUCCCAGUUCCACCAUUUCCCCUACUGCACUUCAACAAAUCCAGCCAAUCAUCCCGCCAGGGGUUCCACCUCCACAAACUGUGCCUCCUAUUGCUCCAAUACCCUCGAUCCCCCGGCCAUUGGCACCUCUUCCUGUCCUGAGGCCAACUCUUCCACAAAAUGGCAUGGUUGGGGGAGGUGAUUCAGAUUCUGACGAUGAUGGUGCUGGCCAUACCCGAGCGAAUCAGGGUGGUUCGGCUGAAUAUGAGAUUUCAGAGGAGAGCAGACAGGUUAGAGAGCGGCAGGAAAAGGCAAUGCAAGAUCUUCUGAUGAAGCGGCGUGCUUCUGCCUUAGCUGUGCCCACCAAUGACAUGGCUGUUCGGGCUCGCCUUCGCAGGCUUGGUGAGCCAAUAACCCUGUUUGGAGAACGAGAGAUGGAAAGACGGGAUCGGUUGCGGAUGAUUAUGGCAAGGCUGGAUGCUGAAGGGCAGUUGGAGAAGCUGAUGAAAGCUCAUGAGGAGGAGGAGGAGGCUGCUGCUUCUGCUGCAAAAGAGGAUGCUGCUGAGGAAGAAAUGUUUCAGUACCCCUUCUAUACUGAAGGGCCAAAAGAGCUUUUAGGGGCUCGAGUUGAGAUUACAAAGUUUUCUAUAUUGAGGGCAGCUCUGCGACUGCAACGUGCAAGGAGAAAAAGGGAUGAUCCUGAUGAAGAUUUGAAUGCAGAGAUGGAUUGGGCUUUGAAACAAGCAGGCAGUUUGGUCCUUGAUUGCAGUGAAAUUGGGGAUGAUCGACCACUUUCAGGAUGUUCCUUCUCAAAUGACGGGAAUCUGCUUGCCACCUGUGCUCUAAGUGGAGUUGCUAAGUUAUGGAGUAUGCCUGAAGUUAAGAAGCUUUCUACCUUAAAGGGGCAUUCAGAACGUGCGACUGAUGUUGCAUUCUCUCCCGUGCACAAUCAUUUAGCAACUGCCUCAGCUGAUCGAACUGCAAGGUUAUGGAAUACUGAAGGGUCUCCCUUGAAGACAUUUGAGGGCCAUCUAGAUCGUCUUGCUCGUAUUGCCUUCCAUCCAACAGGAAAGUACUUGGGUACGACUAGCUUUGACAAGACUUGGAGAUUGUGGGAUGUGGAAACUGGAAUGGAGUUGCUUCUUCAAGAAGGCCACAGCAGAAGUGUGUAUGGGCUUUGUUUUCACCUUGAUGGAUCUUUAGCAGCAUCGUGUGGGUUGGAUGCAAUUGCUCGCGUAUGGGACCUUCGUUCUGGGAGGAGUAUUCUUGCUUUGGAAGGUCAUGUUAAGCCGCUUCUUGGGAUCAGCUUUUCACCAAAUGGCUAUCAUUUAGCUACUGGUGGUGAAGAUAAUACUUGUCGAAUUUGGGACUUAAGAAAGAAAAAAUCCUUGUACGUAAUACCAGCUCACUCUAACCUCAUUUCACAAGUCAAAUUUGAGCCUCAAGAGGGAUAUUUUUUGGCAACUGCUUCUUAUGAUAUGACUGCAAAGGUAUGGUCGGCUAGGGAUUUUAAGCCCGUCAAGACCUUAUCUGGACAUGAAGCCAAAGUUACAUCCUUGGAUGUGAUAGGAGACGGGCAGUGCAUUGCUACUGUCUCACAUGACCGCACAAUCAAGCUAUGGUCAACCAGCGAUGGUGGUAGAGAAAAAGCAGCUAUGGAUAUAGAUUGAGUCAACUUUGGAUUUUCCCGUACCAUUUCCAGCAAGAUUUUAUUCCCUCCUUUCGUAAAUGCCAGCAAGAUCAAAUGUGGGUACACCUGUAUUGCCUGAUGGAGCAUCAGCAUAUCCUUAAAUUUUGCUCGGGAGAUUGCCCUGGGAUAUUGAAAGCAUACGAGGUUGCUCCAAACUGGAGCUUUGCUCUCUGGGAUUACUCUUUGGCGCUAACAUUAAAUCUCUAUCACAUGUAAAAUGGCAUUGAAGCUGCUUGUAAAUGUCUGCAUGAAUCUGAAUUUUCCUUGCUUGGGUUCAUGGUACGCCAUUUUAUUCUCUCAUGAAAUUGUUUUGAGAUGCUAAAAGCUUAUGAGGCUGCUGUAGUCUGUAGACCAGAAUUUGCUUAACUGAUCAUUAAAGUUGAAUCUUCAUUACAAGUUAAAA